AGUUUCGCAACGACAGCCGUCGCGCGCGCACGCUCAACCAUAAAAUGUGAAUUCCGAAUUAUGUUUUCAACACUGAUAGUGACCUUGACAGUGGCGGCAAUUGAUGGAUUACCUCAACAACAAUAUUCAAUGCAGUACUUGCCCAUCAUUCAACCACCAAUGAAAAGAAGUUUUGGUGAAAACAAACUGUACGAUGAAAGUAAUUUUUUUUAAUCGUGACGUAUCGUCUAUUUACAAAAGACUCGGAGAAAAUGUCCGAUUGACAGCUGAAUCUAUCAAAAUUAAUAGAGGUCUUACGGAAAGCGAAAUUGCCAAAGAUGAAGCUAAUAGAGCAAGUUUCACUAAAGUAGAGGACAGUUAUGCAGGAUCCUCCAGGCAUGUACGCCUAAGAAACGGUUUCGAAAACAAUGGAAUGGCAUAUAUCAAACUGCCUAUUGAGCUUCGUGAAGGAAAUAGUCACAAAAGCGAUGACAUUGUAACAAAAAAUGCAAGACUAAUGCAAAAAACCGACGCUUCAACUUUUAAACCAGUAACAGUGAUUAAAGGCGGUUUUUCGUUGAAUACUGAAACUGAACCUGACAACAAAGUGACUUUUGUUGACUCAAACAAAAAAAAUCAAACUAUAUAUCGUAAGACACCACAGAAAACAGUGUCCAUGCCAAGAAAUAGAAUAUCUCAUACAUUGAGUAGAACAAAUGUAUCAUUACAAAAUGAUAGCGAUUCCAUAUAUCUAGAGUCCAUAAAAGAUACUGGCAAAACAUUAACACAGCGUAUAAUAACGGAUGUAACUGAUGAACCAAUAAUAGAACCAGUGAAUGAGGAGACUAGGAAGAAGUCAGUUACAGAGUUUAUACAGAAUAGCACACAAUUAGUUGUAAAUUCUAGUGAACCAGAGAAUCGAGUUAAACCAGAGAAGCGAGUUAAACCAAUGAAUCCUAAUGUUAGUGAUCUUUAUAAUCCAGUAAGUGAUGAAGAAGAUAGAUGGAUAUGGGGUAGGACUAAAGAAAUUGAAACUACCACGCCAGAUAUUGAAAACAGAGUAUCUUUUAAUGGAGACUCGUGUCCUACUGGCAAAGUAAAAAUUGCCGGUAUAUGUAUUGUCCCUGAUACAAAUUAGCCACUUAUGAAAAAUAAUACAGGUUCUAAAACGUUUAUUCCAUCCUAAGUGCGUAAAUAUAACAAAAUAUACAAUGCCAGUGUUAAUUAGUGUCACUAUGUGACGUAAAAAAAAUAAUAUUGAUUAAGUUUUUUGCUCCACCUGCAUUUAACUGUAAAUCUUGCUUUUUUUCUUAUUAAGAAACAACGACUUACGAAUCAAUUCUAUUUUUAUACGAAUGACUUGUUUUUUCACAAGGUCAACAUCUUUGGAAUGUAAUUUGCUAUUUCUAUCCACAUUGCACUUACAUUUUUUUUAAUACGGUUUACGUUGUUUAAUCACUUGUAUAAAAUUACUUUUGAGGCUCUAGGUCCAUAAUAUAUUUUUUUUAUUAGAAACAGUAAUGUCCAAUUGUGAUCUUCAAAUAUUGAAUAUAAUAAAAAAAUCAUUUAUAUGUGUUCAGAAAAAUUUAUAAAUAUAAAUAUUAUUAAAUUGAAACAGGAUAUGUUAACAUUGCAAUUUUAAUUAUAUAUAUGCUUCGUUGCACACUACAACGGAAAUAAUACAAAGAAGUAUACAAAAGGCGACCUUAUUGCUAAGCAGCAAUCUCUUCCAGAGUGUCUCUUUACUUGAGGAACAAAGUAACCCUAAGUACGAGGUUUCCUUAUUGCUUCUGGAAAUGAGUUCCAAAGGCGCACAAUAUAUACGGUAGGAGAGGAAGUCAGUAGCGUGACAGGGAAUUGAGGGGGUUAAGUUUGAUGAAGAGAGCAGAGUGCACCUAAUUUUAGAAAAGCAGGAGAAAGAGAACAGAGUAAGGUAAUGCAUCUACUUUAGAUCCUUCAUUCAUAACGCAAUAAAGGACAUUAAAUAGUUACGGAAGCUUUGUUCACACAAGGCACUGGACGAGACACGAAAAGACUCUAUCGAGAAAUAAAACUUAUGUAGUACAAUGAACACGUACAGUUUUUACAGUCCGUUAAUCAAACGUAUCUGCCGUAAUACAAAAAGUCUACGCCUGUCCUCUGGUCGCUAAAACAGAUAGAGACGUUGCAUGGGAUCGUUCACAAGUGGCGGACCCCGGACUACGCGACCCCGGACCGGCCGGCGACCUGACUAAAAACAAAAAUCAACAAAAGAGUUUAAAAUAUAGGAAAUGCAUAUAAGAUUGGCUGUAUUUUUUUUAUUACAUUCUAUUUCAAUCAACUUCUACGGAUUUAAUUGAUUUCAUUAAUCUUUGACGGUCUCAAUUCUUGAACUUCAUUGGACUAUAUGGAACUUCAAAAGACUUUACUAGUAGGUAAUUAUUGUAACCGUUCUUACAGUUAUAAAACUGUACCAUUAUUUUUACUGUGGAUAUUGCGUUUUGAAAAUUGAAUGUCUACGCCUCGCUUGACUGUCGGCGCCGUGUGAACAGUUGCCGGGCCGGACCGGAUCAGUCAGCCGCGGACUUUUCGGUCCGGUCUGGACGGUACGGACCGUCGUCUGAACAAUACCUUAACAUGCAUGGGAAAGUCAAUUACUCGGGUUAGGUGGAAUGAGAAAAACUAGGUAUUUAAACUAGCCGCACGCAUCAAAUUUAUAACAAAAGCUAUUGUGUGUGCUAUUGUGUCUACAAGUGAAUUAUAAAAUAUGUUUUUAACAUUGAUCUUGGUUUUGACAGUAGUGGUUGUGAACGGUUUACCUCAACCAGAGUCACAGCAACCGCAAUAUUAUGUACCAAACUUGCCCGUCUAUCAGGCACCAUCAAAAAGGAGUGUUUUACCAAACACCCACACGCAACAAUCAGGUAACACAGUGAUAACAUAAAAAUAUAUUUGAUAACUUAAUCAAACUAAAUUUGUAGC